GAGUGGGUGUGAAGAGAGUGAAACUUGAUAUCGAUUUGCCGAGAUGUCGCCUCGCUUCUGAGCAGGCGACCCACUUAUUUUAGUCAUUUCUUGAUGCCUCAGACUACCCCAGCCAUGCUUAUCCUGCCAUCGACAUAACCCAACGUCAAUUCAAACUACCCUCUUAUAUCUCCCCACAACAACAAACCUCCAGUAUACCCUGAUCGACCCCCCUAUCCAGAUUCUCGGCUCUGCUCUCAACCCAGCAUACGAAUAACUGCUCUUCGAUCCCGUCCUCCCUUUCUCCCUCGCCGGGCUCCCUCGGACCUCGAGGCCGUCUCCUCCCUACCUCCGACCUCGACGCCGAAUCAGCUCCCUCCCUCUCUCCCUCCCUCGAAACAAGUACACGGCCAAGAGGAUACCAAGAAAAGAGAAGAGAAGAGAAGAGAAUGCCACCCCUCCACCUCCGGCAAGAAUUCCCGACCCUCAAAGCCUUCAAAGAGGCCCUGCACGCCUGGGCCAUCGAAGCACACUUCGAGCCGCGCAUCCUGAAAUCAGACACGGGCCGCGUGCGCGUCGGCUGCAAGCGCGACCCCAACUGCCCGUUCGUCAUCCGGUGCAACUGGGAGCGGAAGAAUGGCCGGGAGCCUCUGGCCCGGGUGACGGUGUUGAGGGAUAGACAUACGUGUUUGAAUGCGCUGGAGUGGAGGAGCGCGGGAGGUGGUGGCGGAGUUGGGGGAGGAGGAGGAGGGAUGGGGAUGCCGGUGCAGAUGAGUGCCGCGGGGAUGGUGGGCGGGAUGGUGGGGCAGAUGCCGGGUUUGGAGAUCAGGCAGGAUGAGGAUGGGAAUAUUGUGGGUGGUGCGAGGGUGUUGGGGCCGAUGCCGCCGAAGCAGACGCAGCAGCAGCAGCAGCAGCAGCAACAACAGCAGCAGGACCCGAAUGGGGUGGUGGUUCCUGUGCUGCCGAAGGUGCAGAGGAAUUCGGCGAGUCGGUUGCCGUUUUUGAUGGAGAUUCUGCCGCGGUUGAUGAGUAUUAGCAAGGAGACGACGCCGGUGGAGAUUAGGGAGUGUUUGUUGAGGGAGUAUGGGGCGGAGGUGCAUUUGCAGCAGUGUCGGAGGGCGAAGACGGAGAUUUUGAAGAAGAGGGCUGAGGGGGGAGGUGGGGUUGAGGGACAGCAGGUGGGUGUUGAGAUGGAGACGGGGCAGGGACAGCAGGGCGGAGGCGGACAGAGUUUAGAUGGCAUGGGAGGGAGCGAGAGUGCCGGGGAUGGGAAUACAACUUUAUUCGGGAGCGAGUUGAAUCAGGGCUCGAAUGGGAUGAAUGGUGUGAAUGUGAAUGUCAAUGGAGAGGCGGCCCAUCAGCAAGGGUUUGAGUUGCAUACUGCGAGUGGAGUGGUGAUUCCUCAGGUGCCGAGUCGGAGGGAGGCGGCAUUGAAUGCGGUGGGGGAGCAGCCGGUUAGGUGUCCGUAUUGUGUUAAUCAUCGGUGGUUGAAUAGUAUCAAGGAUGCGGUGGAGCAUAUGAGUAUGCAUGUUGUUGUGUAGGAGGGAUGAGAGGAGGAUGCAAUGAAAUAGGAACAGCUACACCAGCGACGAAAAGAGGUGAUAAGUCAGAUGAAUGAUGGUAAUGAGUAAGUCAAUUCUAUCUUUCAGAAUGUCUAGAACUGACGAG